CACAUCGCCAGCGUCUCCAAGUUUAUCAUAGAGCGAUUUGAGUCCUUGGCUAUUGAGUCCAUAGAUCUUCUUCAAUGCCUUGGAAAUCGAAGAUCCACCGAGUCCUAGCUCCAACUCAUCGUACGGUGGAGAGAUUGAGUUGGUUGCUAGCCAUACUGCGGGGAGGACACUCGAAGGGUCGGUUUCAAUGAGCACCCGCAGGAAGUUGACAAGUGUGUCUACAAUUUUAAUGCGACUUGUCGUGGCAUUGGCAAGUACAAAGGCUCUGGUUAAGAGGGCAUAUGAAGCAUCGCCACCUGUGGCAGCCCAGUGCCCUUUUAACUCCUCUGCAUAUUUCGUCGAGUCGAACGUUAAGGGACUCUGAUCAAAAGGCACUGCAAGAGAAACGGUAUCUUCUGUGCCGGUAGAAGACUGCAAUGAUAGUGUAUUUCUCUUCUGUGUCUUGUUUGGCGUCUGUUCAUCUUCGUCUUUGGCGUUCGACGGCGUCGAGAUGGGCUCACCAGUUGGUGUCUCAGUUUCUGAAGCCGGGGCAGCAUCUUGCUGAUUCCAUUCUUCUUGGAGCUUGCGGGCCAGAGCUUCAUCGGACAGGGUUUGAUCUGUAUCUUCAGACACCGUUGACGGAGUCUGCUCCGCCUUAUCAGCUUGCUUGGCUGCUUGGCCUUUGAAGAAUGACGCUAUGCUUCGAUUGCGUUGGGGGGAUGAGACUGGGACAUCUCUCUUGCGCUUUUUGGCCGGACUAGACAUGUUGUGCUUGAGUUGGACAGUACCCUUGACGUUAUGUAUAUUGUAUUCGUCCGAGUAAUGGGCGCCAUGGUGGCCAAUUCGUUGACAGAAACAGGUGAUGACG